GGGAGGCGGGAGGGGUGCGCAAAAAGAUGCUAUGCAUUACGUAAUGAGGGGAAGAACAGAUAGCAUUAAGUCUGUCAGCUGUCAUAAUACUGAUUAAAGGACAGACAAGGAUUUCCUAUUUCCGAUCGGGCUGGUUUAUACAAAAGAUGUGCUGCUCAAAACAAACAAAUCGACGAAUAUGUGAAUAUAUGAUUGGAUUGUUAACGCGGUGACUUCCAGUUUGUUCUGGCAUAGGUUUCAAUGGACAUUUCCAGAUGUUUCUCCCGUGUGUUUGAAAUGAGCCCCUGGAAACACAACAGUUUAUAAGAUAAACAAGGCAGUAAUCAAGUGUAUCUCCUGCGUACAGGAAAGGUUAUCUUAAGAGGAAGAGAGUGAGAAUAUGCAAUGCAUUUUGCAUGUGACUGACUUAAGUGGUUACUGGGUCAACGUUUCCUACUAGGGAUGUUUAUUUCAGUUAAGUCUCCCGAACGACAACCGUAGCUUGUUAACCGAACAUUAAGCGCUAACUGAUACGAUUUUAAUAUUAAAUUGUCAUUGAGUAAAAAUACAGUUGACGGUUGUCUGUGACCCGGUAAAAACAAUACAAGCAUCUUAUUUCAUUUGACCGUGUAAACAACAGAUCAACAACAGAACCAGGAUUCAUACACUGUCAAAUUUUCAUGCAACAUUACGUUAAAGAGCACAGGUGAGUGAUCAGAGGAUUAAUAUCCAAACUAGUGGGUGGAUGGUUUCUUACAUUUACCACAGUGACCACUUCUAGCAGAACAGUUUUGCUUUUGCAUUUUCUUUCUCUGUUUGUGCAUAAAGAGAGAUGUUUAUGGUAAAGGUCCGGAUGCACGCCAGACGGAGAGGGACCGCGUCAUCUUACGCACAUGUCUCUGUGCAGCUUCCAAACCAAACUCAAGCACGGACCAGGGGCGCCACCAGCAAUUCUGGGCCCUAUGGAAGUAUAUGAGGUUAGGCCCCCCACCACUCCCAUUUCGCACCAAAAAUACAAAUCAACCUAGCUAUCUAAAAUCUUUAUCUGCUGCGAUUUAACAAUACAUACCUAUAAGACCCAUAGAACCUUCUGGGGGACCCAUGGGGGUCCAUGGACCCUAUUUUGAAAACUCAUUUUUUUAAGGCAUUGUGUAGCACUUUCAUUUUUAAGACUGUGUGGUAGCUUUUGGUAAGGAUUGGUUCUCAUUUUUAUUGUAAAACGAAAGAUUUGUGAUUUAUAGAACAAAAUGCGGUGAAAACAAAGAUUAUCUGUACAUACAGACAAUGGAGACUUAAAGGUGCAGUGUGUAAAUUUUAGCAGCAUCUAGUGGUGAGGUUGUGAAUUGCAACAAACGGCUUAGUCCACUGCUCACCCCUCGCUUUUGAAACACAUAGAGAAGCUACGGUAGCCGCCAUGGGACAAACAUGUCAUUGUUGGAGACAACUUAGUAAAAAAAUGUGUCCGUUAAGGGCUUCUGUAGAAAAAUGGUGGCACAAAAUGGCGACUUCCAUGUAAGGGGACCCUCUGUGUAUGUAGAUAAAUAGGUCUCGUUCUAAGGUAAUAAACACAUAACGGUUCAUUAUGAAAAGUCUUUACACACCCCUGAUAAUAUAGUUUUGUAUAUUAUUUUGAAUUUCUGUCAAGAGAUCCUUCUAAAAAUUACACACUGCACCUUUAAAUAUUGGUCAACUCUCUUCCUCAAAUAAAUCUAUUGUACACUUAUUUACAAUAUGAGUGUUUAUAGUAACCAUGUCAGACUUCAGAAUGAAUGAAAAAGUACACAUUUGCACAUAAAGAGUUCAUAUUAGUACUUCAGAGGUACAUAUUGGUACCUCAAAGGUACAUAUUUGUAUAUCAAAGGUAUAUGUUUUUGAGCAUUUCUUUUUUGACAUUGUAUGCUGUAUAAAGACUUUUUUAUUAUUUAAAUAGCACCUUUGAAAGUAAGAGAAGAUGUGCAUUUCUUAAAAAAUGAAUACAAGCUGUAAAUAUUAUCAGAAAAUAAUGUAAAUAAUGCUGGUCUUUUAACGUGAACUCUCUGGAUAAUGGCCCAGUUUGAAGGAAUUAAAUUUUUGAUAGGCUCAAUUUUUUCUUGGGUAUCUGAAAGUAGAAGCUAUGACUGACGCAGAAGCGCUCUGACAUUACUCAGAGAUUUACCUCAAUGCGUAAUAGAGACAUGCCACUGCAUGAAGCCGCUUUAUUGGGUACUUGACAUCCUGUGACCUUGGAGAGCUUUUCCAUUGGUCACGGAGCUGUGUCAGCCACUCAGGAUGGUUGAUAAGGUCUUCACUGCACUUCCGAAUGUACUGUUUGUUUGGCCCGUGGUUGUAGAAGCUCUUCAGGAGGCACGCUGCUGCACACCCAGGAUAUCAGAACAUGCUUGGCUACUGUAGUUGAUGGAAAUACAAACAAUUUUCACUACGAAAGAAUGUCUUAACAGCGAUGAUGUCAUAGAAGAACUAUUUUAGGUUCUCCAAAGAACCUUUAAAAUCGAAGCUUUUUAAAAGAACCAUAAAACUGUGGAUAUUAAAGGUCCUUCAACUAGCUGCCAGUAGCUUACUGUAGAUUUUACAUUUAUGUUAUUUACUGGCAACAGUUUGUUCAAAGUUAAAUUAACAUUUUCCGUCUUUAUCUUCUACAGUAAGUUACUGGCAAACAGCUGCAUAAUUACAGCACAUUUUUUACAGUGUAGACCAUUUUUGCAACCCUUCAUUUUUAGAGUAAUGUUUUGUUAGCAUUGGAGAAAGACUUUUAAAGGAUUUAUUUCCAUACACUUUUAAAAAUAAAGGUGUUUUUUGAUAUCAUAAAAACAACAAUUUCUGUGUGGUUCCAUAAUAAGCCUUUAACGUCCCAAAAAAAAGUUUUACCAAAGGCUCUUUGUAGAGGAACAUUUGGAAAACUUUUGUUGCACCUUUAUUUUUAAGAGUGCAUAAACAAAAGUUAAUUUCCACAAAGUAAAUAAGUACUGCGAAUUACAUCGUAAUUGAUGCUUGUCAAAUGCUUACAAGCCUCUUUGAGAUACACAGAGAUUUUAAGAUAGCAGCACUGCAAAGGCAAACGUUUGUUUGGUGCCUGCUUUCAGUCGAUCCUACAACCUCUCACACCCCAUUUCAUUUCAAUUUCCGUCAUCACAGAUAUUCAUCCUCACUUGUUCAAAGAGCACUCUUCAGACGUUUGUCAAAGAGAAAUGCUCGAUAAACUUGAAUCCCAACGCUCAAAAGAAACACAAACACUAGGCCCAAAUCUGCCUCGGCUCACCCACCCUAACAAAAAAACCACCCUGACAAGGAAGGGGCUUCUGCACGUAUCAGAGAGAUGUUUACAAAGUCCUCAUUAAGGAAAAGCAACCAGAUAAGGAUGCACACGCACACACACACUCUCACUGGGACACUACAAGCACUAAAAAUGCAGAGCUUUCCAGUUUGUAGAUAAGCGAUAGAGAGAGAAAGUGGAGGGAGAGAGAGAGGAGGGAAGAGAGGAAAAACAUUUCAAAAGAGAUGGCACAGAGGGACAUCUCCUUCACGUAGUGAAACCACCAGUCAAAACCUUUCAGACAUCACAAAAGGUGAGAGGAAGAAUAAAUGCUCAAGGAAUAGAGGGACUUCAUUGCUGGACUUCACUUCCCAAAAUCUGCACUAAAGUGACCCUCUGGAUUAGCAAGUGCUUAGUUCUUCUAAAAAACGUUUAGGGCAUUUUGUCACUCCUGUGAAAACCUCAUUGGACUGCACCUGCACACAUUUUUGUCUCACAUCAUGACCAGCAGCAGGGUUUGCAAUUUCUGGAUUAUGUGGCCAUCCACUCCAUCGGUUUUACUGGCCUUCCUCCUUUUGUUUUGGGGGGCUUUCUUUGCACGCAGUAACCCUAUCAGCUCGCCAGAGAAGCUCCGCACUGCUCCAGGGUUGGAUGAUGGGAAUGGAGGUGUUGUGGAUCCCUCAUUACUGGAGCAGGACAGUAAAGUGGACAUGCAAAGCAUGCUGGACAACCUAAAGGGGCAAUUUCUACGCACCUUCAAUCUGUCAGGUGUCCCUCCACCCGUGCACACGGGGGCCGCUCGCGUGGAGCCCCCCGAGUACAUGCUGGAGCUGUACAACCGCUUCGCCAAUGACCGAACAUCCAUGCCUUCCGCAAACAUUGUACGCAGCUUUAAAAAUGAAGACUCCUCCCUAUCCAGCGUGGGACCUGGUGGGGUGAGACAACACCCACUUCUCUUCAAUGUGUCCAUCCCACACCACGAAAAGGUCACCACAGCUGAACUCCGACUCUACACCCUGAUCCAAACAGACCGCAACAAAUAUGCUGGUGUUGACAGAAAGGUGACCAUAUAUGAGGUGAAACCCCGUGAAACAAACAACAGUCGUCCAAUAAGAGGGGAUGAUAUCGAGAGAGAAGACACAAAUGUGCAAGAUGAAGAAACAGAAUUAGUGGAGUUGGCGUCUCGACAGGUUUACGGCACAGAUAACGGCUGGGAAUCCUUUGACAUGACUGCUGCGGUGCACCACUGGCGAUCUGAGUCAGACUAUGGCACCACCCACAGGCUGGAGGUCCACAUAGCAAGUUUAAAUUCUCAGAGUGCUGCAGCUUCCGAAGGUGAAAAUAAGGACAAUGCCAUAGAGGGGGACAUGGACAUCGACACCAACCUGGAGGAUAAACACAAACCCUUAAUGAUUGUCUUCUCUGACGACCAGAGUGGAGACCACCGUGGAGACAAGCGAGAACUGAAUGAACUCAUCCAGCAUGAGACUGCUGGGCGUGGCCUUCAGGACAACCUUGGCCUGGAGAUGACCGGUCUCUGGGAAGACUCGGGAGAAAAAGGUGAGAAUGAGGAAGGAGAGCCGAGUGAGGAAGCUCUCCUACAGAUGCGCUCCAACCUCAUCUACGACACAGCUGCCAGAAUUCGACGCAACGCCAAAGGCAACCUGUGUAAAAAGAACCCACUCUAUGUAGACUUCAAAGACAUUGGUUGGGACAACUGGAUUUUGGCACCAACUGGUUAUGAAGCGUACGAGUGUGCAGGGUUAUGCACUUACCCCCUGACCAGCCAUGUUACACCUACAAAACACGCCGUUGUGCAAACUCUGGUCAACCUGAAAAGUCCGCAGAAGGUCUCUAUGGCUUGUUGUGUGCCCACUAAGUUAGAUCCCAUCUCCCUGCUCUACCUAGAUGAUGCGGGUGUGGUUACAUAUCAGUAUAAAUAUGAAGGCAUGGUGGUAGCAGAGUGUGGAUGCAGAUAGUAUUUGAUGGACACUGAGAAAUUGGGUGAAGCUGGGCUAAAGCUUAGAAGUUGGACUGGAAGGAGAUAAAAGGACCAGCCAAAACUAUGGCACUACAUACCAAGUUUCUUCCAAGUAGUGUUGGUGGAUAAGCUAUCACUCCUUACCUUAACGCAAGAGAGUCACGGAAUCAAGGGUGUUGCCACAGAGGACUUAAUUGGAACCAUGUGACAAGGGGCAAAAAUGCAAACUUUGGUGGGAAUUUCAUUCUCAUUGAAAGAUUGGGUGGAACGUAAGACAGUAAAUGAACCCCUGACACGCCUCAAGAUCAGCCAGGAUAAAUCCCCUGUUCUUAUCAGUAAAGACUGAAGUUUAAGUUGGAGAUUGUAUCAACUCGGACUCGUUGCAUACUUGGCCGUAGCGUUUGCGUCAGCAGAGUUCUCGCUAAGUGGGUGUUUCAUAGAGAUGGCAGCACAAGUUUGUGAACUCAAGCACCACGGGGUCAGUCUGGUGACCCUACCAGAGACAAGAAGCCUGUGAAACUGCCCGUUUCCAUUUUCCACAAAGCUCAGUAUCGUAUCUGCCGUGACACUGCCGAGUCAAUACGCAGCUUCCUGCCUAACAGAAUGCAUUUGAUAUGAACUGUCCAAGUUAAAGUGAAACAGUCACCAGAAGAAUCUUGUAAAGACCAGAACGGACCGGUCUGGACUUCCGAUUCUGCCUGAGAACAUCUACUGUUCUGGAUUUUUACAGAUUGCGGCCAGUAUUCCAAAAGUUUCACUCUAAACUCCAAGCAACUAAAAGACAAUCUUGUCAACCUUGAAACGUUUAAUUCCUGUAGGCCAUUUAAACAUUUUAUCCGAAUGUAUGACUCAUCAUCCACAUUCCGCCAUGGAAUUGACUUGCAUAUCAGUACAUCAUUUACUGACUACAAGCACAGAUGCUGAGAUAUGAGAAUUGGGGAGUUGAAAGAGGACGCUGAGAGUCACACUUUGGUUUGUCUUACUAGUUGGUUUGUCUGACUAUUGUUGACAGCAUCAAUAAGUUACGAGGGGGGUACUGGGGGGGUACAAGCCCCCCCUUCUGCUCCACAUGCCGUGCGAGCUGCUCUCCCACCCCUGUGCCGAGCUGUGAUAAGGAGGUGUCAGGAUUGAGGAACAUGUGUUUGGUACUCAGAGCUUGGAAAACCAGUAGCGAUUCCAGACUGCAUGGAAAGUGGGGGAGGGAGCAUAGAAAAUUCUUCGGAAUGAGAGGGCAGUUUUAUAUCAUAUCAAAUGGUGACCCCAAUCUACCCUAAGAAAAAAGAUGCAUAUUUCACCCCCCUCCAACUGGUUUACUGAGACCACCUUAAAAUGUUCUCCUAUGCCUCGAGGCAACAAAUCCCCAGUUGGACCCUUAUCACUGUCAGGCCAAAAGGAUGAAUGGAAACUGUCUCGCAAGGUCAUCCCCACUCCAGAUACACUCCAUAGGACUUUUCGGUCAUCACAAUGUCUGAUAAUAUCUGUCAGGAUGUUUCCCAUGCCUGAAACAUACUUCACAUGACUAGCUUUACAUAACUGACAUCACCUUUACUAUCUGACUCUGUGAAAUAUGAUUUGUGCUCUGCUGCUUGGAUUUACGAUAAAGCUUAUUUAUUGAUUAAUUUAUUAAUUUUUAUUAUUAUUAUUAUUAGGUGACCUUGUAUAGCAAUACUGUACAUAUGACUAAGUACACUAUACAGCGUACGUUUUGCAAAGAAUAUGUGUAUACAAUUUAUUUUUAAAUUAAACUUAAUGUUAAUUGUGAUAAUUUAUCUGUUGGCAUCUAGUGUGUUUUGUACAGUACUCAGCAAUGUUGAUUUCCGUUUAUCAAUCACUUCACAAGCACUGACGUCCUGUUAGGAUUUGUAUAUAGUUUGUUGAUCCUCUGGUCCGUUGCACCCAGACACCCCAAAAUAGAUUUAGGCACGGUCAGUCAAUAGCUCGCUGUUUAGACAUUGGGUUUGGGAGCAAUUCAUAAAUUUUACUUCCCAUUGAAGACCAGCAGCGCAAAGGCCCAUAGUUUACAUACUGUAUGUCAAACAGGUCAUUCAUGGAAAGCUGACUGGAAACUAAUGACCACACAGGCUCAUCCGGACUGUCACUUGAGCAUGUGCAGAUGCGUUUAGUUCUUUUAAUAGAUUUUGGGGUGGGAGGAUUUAAAAAUUUAGAUUUGUGAAAAUGUUAAAAUAAGUUGAAUUGUAAAAACUA